CCCUCCAUCUUCAUCCCUGUGAACCUUUAUCUGGAGGCUGCACACCAGCUUUCAAACCCUAACAUGCUUUCAUAAUGCCAUUCAAACCCAUCCCUUUUCAGUCUUUCAAGAAAAAUCAAACCUUUCUGAAGAAACAGUGUGUGUUUUAGUGUGUUUUGUGCGUGAGACCUUGAUGGGUCGAGAUGAUGUUCAUCAAUGGGGGUUCUUGCCACCGACGGAAGCUCCAUCAUUGUACACACAAGAACAAAGAGAUGAUCAUUGGAGACAUUUUGAUAAGUCUGUAAAUGCAAUCUCUUUUGGGUUUGUUGCUACUGCCAUCUUGAUCUCCAUGUUUCUUGUUAUGGCCAUUUUUGAGAGGUUUCUGAGAACCUCGUCGCCGGUGUUGUCACCGGACGGUGGUGGUGGCGGUGGCCGGAAUGCUGCCGGAGAAGUUGAUUCCCAGAUGGGUUUCAAUUCAAAAUUCGAUCACUCCUCUCUCAAGAUAUCUGAAAAUGCGAGAGAGGUUUCGGUCUUGAUGCCAGGAGAAGAUGUUCCAACGUUCAUUGCUCAACCGGCUCCUGUACCAUGUCCAUCAGAGCGCAUUCCGUGGUUGGCUGACCCACGUAUCUCAUAUCCAAAGCUCACUUCGAACUCAAACUCUUGAUCAAAUUAGGAGAUGAUGCCAUUGUAUGUCAUUGGUUGAAGCCAAAUCUCGUUCAAGUUCGCCAACACACGUACAUUGGAAGACCAUUACUAAUAUCCUUAUUUCACCCUUUGUAUUCUUUUUAAGAUCCAUUGCUAGAAUUUGAAGGAUGCAAGGUUUGAUUCUCCAUUGGCUCAUGGUUAAUAGACUAUAACCCUAAUAUUCAUGGGUUUAUUUUGUAUAUAU